AUGUCGUCCCGCUAUGGACGAAUAAGGGUCACCAAUAUCCCAUACGACAACGAGACUGACUAUAGAAAUGAGCGGAUUCGACGGUAUCCUAAUACCUACUAUGAUGAUCACCCCUCUCAAGAGGCUGAGGAUGAUUACAAUGCGUACUCAACCCACACGGAUAAAGCGAACCGAGCUGCCACCGAGUCUCAAUUCGAGCGGGACACCAAGUCCAAUCUGUUCCGGAGUGAAAAAGACAAGCUAAGAGAACGCAAAUAUUACAAAAAGUAUGAUAGCCUGUUCCCAGAGCAGCACAGCAGAUUGGUGGAGCCUGCCCUAGAUGCCUCAUUUGCAACCGAGAAUAUGGCAGUUGGUCGCCAUAAGUUCCUGGAAUCACAUCCCCUUGGGUAUAACAUAUUGCGUGGCCGAGAAAAGCAUGUAGAUUAUUUUGCAAGCGCACAAAAGCAAUGGGAAUUAUAUGAUAAGAAAGCCCAGAAGCACGCUCAAUAUGCAAGUGACCCUGAGAUAAACGAGAAGCGAGAUCAAUAUGGGCGACUGAGGCCUCGGUACGAACCUAGCGACGACGAGCGAGAAGAAUACUACGAUGACUUAGAAGAGAGUCGCGGGGUCGUUCUUUUGGGACCAAGCCCCAGCACGAUCCUCGCGUAG